AUGCGUGAUGGCUUCCAGCUUGUUGGACGGAUCCCUUAUCCAAUGACCGAACCAAGGCAUCUCGUCAUCGCCAGCGAAGUCGCAACGCUGGACUUCCUCCGUAUCAACAACAUACCUGUCCCAGAGGUCUACGGCUACUCGACUAUAUCGCAGAAUCUUGCUGGUACUGAAUACAUCUUCAUGGAAUUAGUUCGUGGAGUGAAUUUAGGAGACAUCUGGGUUGACCUUUCAAAGAAAGCCAGAAAAACAGUCGUUACCAAACUUGUGCAGUUAGAGUCCCAGCUCUUCACUCUUCAAUUUCCAGGAAAUGGCAGUCUGUACUAUGCAAAGGACUUGGACGCGGAUGUUCAAAGAAUGAACAUUCCAGUUGCGGAUAACGCUAGUCUUGAGGGCUUUUGUGUCGGUCCUGAUACGAGGCUCCACCUUUGGUAUGGCAAACGACUCAGCCUUCAGGUUGGCCGUGGACCAUUCUCCCUCAGAACAUCUAGAAAUCUGCACAAAUACCUACAAAUCGUCCCUCGUCUCACACCGGGCGGCAACGGGGAUCUUGCACGUCCAACGCUAAGACACCCUGAUCUUAACCCCAACAAUGUGUUUGUCUCGGACAGCCUUGACGUCACCUGGCUGAUAGAUUGGCAACACUGCACCAUACUACCUCUCUUUCUGCAAUGCGGUAUCCCCAACAGUCUGCAGGACUAUGGAGAUAGUGUCUCAGAGUCACUCGUACCCCCGGAACUACCGCCCAAUAUCAGCGAGCUAAGCGAAAGAGAGCAGUAUGAGCAAGUGGAGCUCCUACGUCGUCGUCAACUUCAUUACUUCUAUGCUGCCGGGACGGAAGAGUAUAACCCGCUGCACUAUCAAGCCCUGAGCGACGACUUCAGCGUAAUAAGGCGCAAGAUUUUUGAUCACGCAAGCUCUCCAUGGGAAGGCAAUAGUGUCAGUCUCAAAGCAGACCUGGUCCAGCUAGUGAAACAGUGGGACUCCUUCACCGCCUCCAACUCGAGCACUAACGACGAAAUAAGGCAGCCCUGUCCGAUUUCCUUCUCUGAAGAAGAGAUGGCGGAGUGUUUGCGCUUGAAAACCGCGCAGAUCGAGGCAGAUGAGCAGCUCAAAGCGGCCAGAGAUGCUAUCGGCGUUGGGUCUGAGGGAUGGGUACCUCUGAAGCAGUACGACGAGAUCAAGGAACAGAAUCGCAUACUGAAAAAGAAUGCGUUCGCUGCAGCCGAGUCAGAAGAGGAGCGGAUCAUGAUGGAUGAGAAUUGGGUUUUCAAUGACUUUGAUGAGGACGAUUAUCUGUAG